AUGCCAGGCGAGACGCUAGCUCUUCCGGCGCCGCCGCCGGGCGGCUUGAAAGACGCUACACCGUCAGUCCUGACGGCCGAAGAACGGUCCGGCCAGCAGAAACCGGCGGAGAAGCCGAAACCGGUGGUGGUCGCAACACAGACGAAGACGAUCGGCAUCAUUCAUCCGCCUCCCGAUAUUCGCAGCAUCGUCGACAAAACCGCCACGUUCGUCGCGCGCAACGGCCCGGAUUUUGAGAAGAAGAUUCUCGCCGCCAACAAGGGAAACGUCAAGUUUAAUUUCCUAACACCCACGGAUCCCUACCAUGCGUACUACCGGCACAAGAUUAACGAGCAGCUGGCGCAGCUUAAUCUCCCCGCCCAGCCGGAACCUACAGCUGCCGAGCCGGCAGCAGGCUCGGCAGCCGGAGCUCCGGCCGGGGCAGCUCCGGGAGCAGCCGGGGCUGCAGCUGCGGUUGUCAAGCCUGCAGGCCCGGCAGGGCCUUUUCCGGAGGCUGGAAAAGACGCAGCGGCAGCAGGGGCUUCGGCAGCAGCGGCGAAGCUUCCGGAUCUGCCCGAGCCGGAGCAGUACACGGUUCGGAUCCCCGAAGGCAUGUCCGGGCAGGAUUUGGACGUUAUCAAGCUGACCGCGCAGCUCGUGGCGCGCAACGGCAAGACGUUCCUAACGGGCUUAAUUAGUCGCGAGCACAUGAACCCGCAGUUUAAUUUCCUCAAGCCCACGCACAGCCUAUUCACCUUCUUCACCGCUCUCGCGGACGCAUACUCGAAAGUACUCAUGCCUCCUAAGGAGGUAUUGGACAAGGUAAAACGCGACGCGGGGCCGGGCGGGCCGGCCGCGAUCAUGGCACGGAUCCAGACGCGGCUCGACUACGAGAAGAAGCAGGAGAAGGCGCGGAAGAAGGCGGAGGACGAGAUCGAGCAGGAGCGAUUACAGAUGGCUUUAAUCGACUGGCACGAUUUCAUAGUCGUAGAGACUAUUGAGUUCGCGGACGACGAGGAGGCGGAGCUGCCCGUUCCGAUGACUAUAGAGGAGGUGAUUAGAAAGAGCAAGCAGCUCGGCGCGGACGAGGAGUUGGAAGCGGAGGACGCGGCGGCCGUCGCGGCGGCGGAGGCGGGCGCGAAGCCCGGGACGAAGGCGGCGGCGGCGGCGGCGGAGAAGGCGCGGGGGGAGAAGGAGGCGGCGCAGGCGAUGGACGCGGAGGAGAUGAAGCUGGUCGAGGAGGGGAUGCGCGCGGCGGGAAUCGCGGAGGGGGAGCGCGGGGAGGGGGAGAAGGGCGCGGAGAAAGGGGAAGGGGAGAAGGCGGAAGGGGAGAGGGGAGGGGAGGAGAUGGAGAUGGAGGAGGAGGGAGGUGCGCCUGCUGGUGUUCCGCCGCCCCCGCCACCACCGCCGCCGCCGCCUGCUGAAGGGGAGGAGAACGAGAUGGACAUGGAGGAAGAAGAAGAGGAGGCACCGAUGCGCAUCGUGCGCAACUGGAAGCGACCCGAAGAACGAGCAGCAGCGGAGCAGGACCCCACCAAGGUGGUGGUCUCCCCCAUCACGGGCGAGCUCAUCCCGAUCGCCGACAUGGCGGAGCACAUGCGCAUCUCGCUGAUCGACCCCAAGUACGGAGCAGAAGGAACGCAUGCUCGCGAAGCUGCGCGAGAACACCCUCGCCAACGACGACGAGAUCUCCCGCAACAUCGUCGGCCUCGCGAAAACCCGCCCGGAUAUCUUCGGCACCACCGCGGAGGAGGUUUCGGAGGCGGUGCGGGCGGAGAUGGAGAAGAAGAAGGACGAGGGCGCGCCGAGCCGGGCAACAUGCCUCCACCCAUCGCCACCAUGGCUGCGUACGGCAUGCCCCGCAUGCCCAUGCCAGGGAUGCCUGGCAUGCCGGGUAUGCCUGGGAUGCCUGUUGGGAUGAUGAAUCCCAUGCUGAUGGCUCAGAACCAAGCUGCGGCUGCUGCGGCUGCUGCGGCUGCAGCAGCAGGAGGGAUGUUUGGCAUGCGGCCGCCCAUGAUGGCGGCGCCAGGGCAGGCAGGGAUGGUGCCGGGAGGGUUCCCGGGGUUCCCAGGGGGCAUGCCCAUGGGUGUGCCGAUGGGGAUGCUGGGAGCGGUGCAGAUGGGUAUGGGGAUGGUUCCAGGGGCUAUGGUGCCUGGAGGUGCUGCGGCGGCGGCGGCAGGAGGGGGAGGGGAGGAGGAGCAUGAUGCGAAGCGGCAGAAGACAGAGGAGAAUUUGAUUCCGGAGAAUGUGUUCCUUGCACAGCACCCGGGUCCAGUGCGAGUGGUGGUUAUGCUUCCCUCGGUGGAGGGAGAGCCGGCACUCAAUGGCCAGAAGGUGGAGGUGCUGGUGUCGUCACUCAGCGAAUCAACGGGUGCAUUCAAAGAGCACAUUGCGCAGGCUCUGGGUGGCAGUGUGCCGGCCAACAAGCAAAAGCUCAGUGGCAAGGCGGGCUUCUUCAAGGAUUCACUCUCGCUGGCGCCCACCACUGCGCCUACAUGUCUCGGCUUCGGGAAACAGGGAACAUCAACCCAAGGCGGUACCAGAAGCAGCAGAGGCAUCAGCGCUAUCCGGGGCGGGGAUGCAGGAGAAGGUGUGGAAGGAAGAGCAGAGGGGAGAGUGGAGUCAGGAGGGGGUGGUGCUGCCUGGGCUGCUGAUGUUGCUGGGUCGGCGGACGGGUGGGUGGAUACGGGGAACGGAAGCAGCAUGAGCAUGAGCAUGAGCAGCACGCUUUCCAGUGUGUCUGGUAGCUUUACCUCCUUGGGCAGUGGUGGGGUGUAUAGCGACACUGACAGUGACACCGAGGACGACAAUGCUGCAGAUUACACUGCAAUUGUAAACACCCUCAGCGGCGCGGCUCCCAGCACCAAUAGCAGCAGCAGCAGCAGUAGCAGCAGUAUGAGCAGCGGCGGCGGCAGCGGCAGCAGCAGCAGUGACUCGGAGGAGGGCGAGUUUAUCGGGGGGGACAUGUGCGCGUCGGCGACGGGCGUGGUGCGCGUGCAGUCGCGGAAGAAGGCGGAGAUGUACCUGGUGCGCACGGAUGGCAUCAGCUGCACUCGCGAGAAGGUUACUGCUUCGACCCUUGCCUUCUCGCACCCCUCCACGCAGCAGCAGAUGCUCAUGUGGCGCACACGACCUCGGACUGUUCUCCUGUUGAAGAAGCUUGGCACGGAGCUCAUGAGUGAAGCCAUGGAGGUAGAGCUUAUGAGUGAAGCCAUGGAGGUGAGGGGGGGUGGGUUUGGUAGUGGGAGAGGGGGGGAGAAUGGUGUGCAGGUGACCUACUCCCACCCCUCCACUCAGCAGCAGAUGCUCAUGUGGCGCACGCGCCCGCGCACGGUUCUCCUGUUGAAGAAACUUGGCACGGAGCUCAUGAGUGAAGCCAUGGAGGUGGCACAGUUCCUACAGCGCGAGGAGGGCAUGAACGUGAUGGUGGAGCCGGAGCUGCAUGACACGCUCGCCCGUAUGCCCGGAUUUGGCUUCCUGCAAACCUUCUACGCCCAGGACACCAGCAAGCUGCAUGAGAAGGUGGACUUUGUGGUGUGUCUGGGGGGCGACGGGGUCAUCCUGCAUGCAUCCAACAUCUUCAGCUCCUCCGUACCGCCCAUCGUCUCCUUCAACCUCGGCUCCCUUGGCUUCCUCACUGCACACCCGUACGAGCAGUUCAAGCAGGACCUUAGGGCAGUCAUUCACGGGCAGGAGCAGACAGCAGGCGUGUACAUAACGCUGCGCAUGCGCCUCAAGUGCGAGCUCGUGAAGGGCGGCCAGCCGGUGCCGGGGAAGGUGUUUGACGUGCUCAACGAGGUCGUGGUGGACCGCGGCUCCAACCCCUACCUCUGCAAGAUCGAAUGUUAUGAGCGCAGCAAGCUCAUCACUAAGGUGCAAGCAGACGGGGUGAUAGUCGCAACGCCCACGGGCAGCACUGCGUACUCCACUGCUGCUGGCGGCUCCAUGGUGCAUCCCAACGUGCCGUGCAUGCUCUUCACGCCCAUCUGUCCGCACUCCCUCUCCUUCCGCCCCAUCAUUCUGCCCGACUCCGCCAUCCUUGAACUGCGAGUCCCUGCUGACGCGCGCAGCAACUGCUGGGUGUCAUUCGACGGGAAGAAGCGUCAGCAGCUGUCACGGGGGGACUCGGUGCGCAUUUCCAUGAGCGCGCACCCUGUUCCCACCGUCAACAAGCGUGACCAAACAGACGACUGGUUCGCCAGCCUCGUCCGCUGCCUUAAUUGGAACGAGCGCAUGGAGCAGAAGGGAUUCAACACUGUCUUCUAG